AUGACCUCACCGAACAGUGUCGUCGCCGGUGCCCGGGGAGUCAUGGAAGGUCUGCUCUCCGACCCACGCCUGCACAUCCCGGACGAGAUCGCGGCGCGCGCCCAACGCGACGUCACGUUCGUGGGUAACCCCGAUCCCUUCCUCCCUGUUCCCUUUCGCAUUGCCGAAGCGCUCGCUGGGCUCAAGGGCGUCGAGGCGGCGUUCGCAGGCGCCAUAGCCGAGCAGCGCGGUCUCUCCCCCGGCAAGGCGGCGAUCGACGUCGAGCAGUCGGCCCUGUUCAUGUUCUCGACGUUCCUCGCCCGCAUCAAUGGCAAGGUGCCCAACGAUCCGAGCCUCACGCACGGCGGUAGACCAGUCAAAGAUACCGAUAUCCACCACAGCUUCAAGAACCGUUACCGCCAGCUCGCGACAAACUGUUACCGCACCAAGGACGGCAGGUACUACUACACCCAUGGCAGCCUGGACGCGCGUGCGACGAUGCGGAUCCUCGGGAUGGACCCGGACCGCACUGAUCUCGUCGAGACGAAGGAUAUCCUCCAGGCGUAUGGCGAAGCCGUGGGCAAGUUCACUGCUGCCGAGCUCGACGAGAAGAUCCAGGCAGCUGGACUUCCCGGCGCCAUCUGCCUUUCGGUUGACGAGUUCCUCGCAUCGGAGCAAGGAAAGGCAAUCGCCGACGCGCCAGUGUAUGAGCUCACCUCGGCACCGGGGCCGAAGGUAUCCUGGCCGGCGAUAGCACCCAACACCAAACCCCAAGCCCUGACAGGUAUCAAGGUCCUCGACCUAACGAGGGUCAUUGCUGGACCUGCCAUCGGCCGCGGGCUCGCAGAUCACGGUGCCACGGUGCUCCGGGUCACGUCUCCCAACCUGCCCGACCUGCAGGGCAUCGUGCCAGACCUGCACGCAGGCAAGUACUCGGCGUACAUCGACCUCGAUGCCGCCGAAGGGCGGGAGACCCUCGCCAGCCUUGUGCGCGACGCCGAUGUCCUGAUUGACGGGUAUCGGCCUGGCGCGCUCGAGCGGCGGGGAUUCGGGCGGGAUGCAGUGCGCAAACUCAACCCUUCGCUGGUGUACGUCCGCGAGAACUGCUACGGGUGGCGCGGGCCUUGGGCCGGCCGCGCCGGCUGGCAACAGAUUGCCGACGCGGUAUCUGGCGUCUCGGCGCGGUACGCCGACAAGCUCGGCCAUCCCGGCGAGGCGAUCCAGCCCAUCUUCCCCUCAGCCGACUAUGGGAGCGGCGUGGCGGGCUUGGUGGGGACCAUGCAGGCGCUGUACGAGCGUGCACGCUCCGGGGGCGUGUUUGAUCUCGACGUGAGCCUGUGCUACUACAACCUGUGGGAGCUCUCUCUCGGGCUGUACGACGACGCGGUGUGGGAGCGUAUCCGCCCGUCCGCGCCCGUCCGGCACAACUGGGACGUGGUAAUGAUGCUUGGCGGGGUAGGGCCGUCGCUGCGCGCGCAGCGCCCGUCCCUCUUCACGCGAGACGACUUCUGGCAGGUGCUCCCUGCGCCGACCUACGGCCCGGAAGGGAAGGUGCGCAUCCUCCGGCCCGUCGUCAAGUUUGAGCAUCUCCCCGUCCUCGUGUCCAAGGGCCCGAGCCAGAACGGCGACGAUGCGGCAGCGUGGCCGGCGAGCAGCACAUGA